UUACGAGCUAGAAAAAUGCUGGAUCUGUACAGGCGCACGGUGGCGCGAUUUCCCCUGGGCAGCGUCAGCUAUAUGUUCGCCUAUGGAUCCGGGGUGAAACAACAGGAAGGCUAUGAAAAACUGGGCAAUGGAAAUGAGUACCGUCCGGCGCCGGGAAGCGUUGUAGAUCUGGUUUUCUGCGUCCGGGAUGCCCAGGGAUUUCACGCGGAGAACCUGCAUCGUCAUCCAGGCCAUUAUUCUGCUCUGGGACGCCUGGGACCGCGCUUUGUAGCCAACUACCAGGAACGUUUGGGUGCCGGCGUUUAUUGCAACACCUUGGUUCCACUGGCGGAUGUGGGUCUCACCAUAAAGUACGGCGUGGUGUCGCAGGAACAGCUGCUGGAGGAUCUACUAGACUGGCGGCAUCUAUAUUUGGCUGGGAGGCUCCAUAAACCCGUGACGGAUCUGGUGAAUCCCUCAGAUAAUCCUCAUCUAAAAGCGGCACUGGACAAGAAUCUUUUGUCUGCUCUGCAAGUAGCUCUGCUACUGUUACCGGAGAAGUUCACCGCCUACGGACUGUUUCACACCAUCGCUGGGCUGAGUUACAAAGGGGAUUUCCGCAUGAUCUUCGGGGAGAACAAGCAGAAGGUGCAUAACAUCGUUAACCCGCAAGUCAAAGACUUCUUUGCACUGUACCAACCCUCGUUGGGGAAACUCUCCAAGUUUGUGGCUGUCAAUAUGAAUGGCCAGGAGCCAGGAAGCCGGAAGCCAACCAUACUAUUCGAGCAGGAUAAAUCCUCGACAGCCAGCGCUCAACACUUACAAAAGUUACCCGGGGAGCUGAAAAAACGCUUGCAGCGGAAUGCCGCCUGUCGCGGUGACUACACCGAGGUGGUGGAUCACCUCUCCGUGGCCUCUCAACUUCCGGAGGUGCUGCAGGCAUCCGUCAACGACAUCGUUUGGCGCAGCAGUGUCACUCAAUCGAUCAAAAACAUAGCCAGUGCGGGCAUUCUCAAGUCCCUGGUCUACAGCUACCGCAAGGCUCAGAAAACAUUCGCUGUUUAGGUUUCUUCCUGGCUGCCAAUUUAUCCAUCCAACCGCAUUUCGUUAUAUCAUUUUAAGCUUUAAAGUUGUUAACUGCAAUAUAUGUAUAGCCCAAGCCAAA